AUGGACCGUUACCUUAGAGAUCCCCACAGGGGACGAUACUCUUCAAGCGUUGUUUCCAGCCCCGACAGGACCAGCUCUGCCAGAGAUCGCAGCUUGUCUGCAAGCUCUUCUCUGACCUCGUUCGGCUCUGUGACGAUUGCCGCGACCAACAACGGCGAUCAGCAGAAAAUUGAGCUAAAUGUGAUCGCCAUCCCCGGCUACAAUUCCCCCCCUGCCGACACCUGGGAUAUCGAACUGGCGUUCAAAAAAGCAGCUGUUGCUGCAGGUACAGUAUCUGCCUUUCAUCAGCAUGCAUUUCAAGCGGACGACGAAUCAAUGGAGGAUUUCACGUGGAAAGCUUACAUUGGGAGGGGUGGCCAGUUGAUGGAGGGCAUAAGAAAGCUUGCGACCAUGUAUCCUGAUAUGCCGAUCAUUUGCGUGGCCCAUUCGCUAGGAGGGGUGCUCCUUAAGCAGGCACUGCUCACAGCACACCGGAACGACCAGGAUGAGGAAAACAGCCAAGCGAUUUCGCGCCUGGCGGGUAUCUUGUUCCUCGGGACGCCUCAUGGCAACGGGCUCGAAGAUUACGAUAUUUUCAAGCGACAUGAGAACGUGCGCUCCAUCCACGACAAGCGCAGGUUCGCGCUUCUGCCGUCAAAGCCUCGACGCUCUGAUGUGAGCCGGGUCGCGGCGAUAACGGCUCAGUUCGAGCAGAUUGCCACAGUGCCUCUGUUGUCCGUCCACGAAGCGGAGACGCGCUCGAGUGGGUUGAUGGCCUUUGUCAAGAGCAACCGGGUAAGACAUCUGACCUUCCUCAAAGGGCCAAGGGCUGACUCCAGUCGGGCAAAGGCGGUUGUCGACCGAGAACUGGCUUCCAUCCAUUCCAGCACAGAGAGGCUGCUCGGCGUCCCCGUCAACCACGACGAACUUUGUCAACUAUCCAAUUUGAAAAACGACUCGUAUUCAGCGGAGGAAUUCCUGCGCAGCUUGCUUCAUGAUCUUGGGGGCAAUAAGAGAUGGACAAGCGAGAGACGCAGGCCGACAGGAAACCCCGUGAAUCCCCUCAAUCUUCCUCCCGUGCAGCUAAGCCAGAUUCCUGUGAGGUCCCUCGGAGGGGACGAUGGCCAGGCACCGCGGUCUAGGCUGCGGGACCUAGGGCUAACAACCUCGCAUAACCUUUCGGGCGGAAGUAGCACCAACAGCCUCCUAGACGGUCGGCACAGCGAACUUCCAUGCUUCCACCUUCCCUUGGAACCGAAUGCGAGCUUUAUCAAACGGGACGGUCUUUUCGCCGCUAUGGACAGCCAUCUCCUUCCAGUUGAGUCGGAAAAAAGACACCAGCCGCGGCUGUAUGCGGUGUGCGGAAUGGGAGGCGUUGGAAAGUCCGAGCUUGUCAGAGAAUAUGCCCAUUCCCGACGAUCCAAGUUCGGAGCGGUCUUUUGGAUAGACGCUGAUCGGGUGUCGCAGUUGGCUUCGAGUUUCGGUCACAUCGCGGAACUCCUUGGCCUCCUGCGCGACAAUGAAGCCCAAAGCCCAGAUCUAAGCAAAAGAGUAGCUAUGGCGUGGCUCUCCCGGCCAAGGAGUGCCAGCGCAAAAGACAACUGGUUGCUGAUCUUCGACAAUGCCACGGAGCCGGAUCUUUUGGCCGACUACCUGCCGUACAACGGCAACGGCUCCAUCCUGAUCACGAGCCGAGAUCCGUUCGCCAAGGAAGAUUUCUUUGCGAAUGCCUCUGGUAUCGAGCUGGAGCCGCUGUCUACAGACGACUCCGCCACACUCCUGCAGCGAAUGGUGACAGGAAGCGGGCAGGCUCAGACUGGGGAUGAGCGAGACGCGUCGGAGGAGCUGGCAAAAAGAUGGGGAGGCCUCCCGUUAGCCUUGACUCAGAUGGCCGGCUUCAUGCGCCGGCGCCAGAUUUCAAUGCGGGAGUUCUUGCGCCUCUAUGAUACGGAUGCUCGCUAUGCGGACUUCCAUGCGGUUGGGAACCCCCUCCAGGACUGGCGGUACGGCCAGACUCUCAGUACGACAUUCACCCUCGAACGACUUACGCCGUGCGCUUGGGACCUUCUAUGCCAGCUUGCAUUUAUGCAUCCGGGCCGAGUGCCGGAGUACCUAUUUGUCGGCGUCAAAGGGUCGGAGAGACCGGGGGGUACCCAUUGGGACGAUGCGGACUUUGCAGAUGCGCGCUCUGAGCUUCUGACGUCGGCUCUUAUCAGAAGGAACAAGGAUACAGGGAGUUUGUGGAUCCAUCGUGUGAUCCAAAAAGCGGUGCGCACCAGACUUCAAGACGAACGGAUCCGACACGCGGCCUUUCAGAAGGCCGUGGCCCUGAUGUCCGCGACCUGGCCGCCGGGCGACCACACGAGCCAGGAAAUCAAGCGUUGGUCAACUUGCGAAGAGUUGCUCCCCCACUUGACUCAAUUCUACCAGCUGUAUAGUGAACAUUCAGACCAAUGGCAACACUUUGACGUACAGCCGGACUUCCUUAUGCUUUUGCAUGAGGCCGCUUUGUACUUUCACGAGCGAGGAAACUCGCAUGAAGGCAAAGCAUACGUUAAGCUAGCGCUCGACCUGUCCGAGAAGUCAAAUAUUACUACCGAGCCUUUGAUCAGCGACAUGCAUCUCACCAUCGGCGCGCUAGCAAACGAGACAAAUGACGGCCCGACCUGCCUGAAGCACACCAUACAGUGCCUGUCAAUCCGAGAGAAGGAGUCUUCCAGGCGCAAUGCACCGGACCUGAGACUAGCGUUCGCGCAUAGCCAAAUGGGCAUUGCUUACAUGAUGAACGGCAUGUUCGCGCGGGCCACCGAUCGCUUCCAGCAGAGCGUCAAGAUGCUAAAAGCCAUCAACGCGGAUGCGGACGAGCUCGGAUUCCCCGCUUGCAAUCUGGGUCUGGCUUACUGGGUGCAGGAGAACCUUAGUGACGCGGACAGCACUUUGACCGAACUGCUAGUCAAAAGGGAGGCGUUGCAUGGGAGACUGGAUCGCGUUUCAUACCAAACCGGAAGGGUCCUCCAUGCCCUGGGCAACGUGCGAUCCAGCAAAGCGCUCAUGUUCGAGUCCCAAGGCGACCACGACGCCGCGAAGGCCCUGUGGGAUGAUGCGUUUAACCUCCACCGGAAUUGCCUCACGCAGUACGAAUCGACGUUGGGGAAAUUCACCCACCGGACCGCGGACGCUUGCCACAAGGUGGCGGAGCACUACAUCCGCCUAGGGCAAGACUCCGACGCGAAGAAGAUGCUCGAGCGCGCGCUGGAUAUCUGGGGCGACCGACCGUGGUAUCGAAAUGAAUCGGCCCGCUCCUCAUUCCUCCUGGGCACCCAUCUAGUGUCGCUCGGGGGUGAUGACAACGUCAAAAACGGAAACAUUUGGCUGAAACGGGCCAAGGAGCUGCGGCGGCAGAUCCGCCCUGACGCAGAAGACAAAGAACUUGUGAUGGAGGAUUUCGAUGAGUUGCAUCUGAAUCGCAAUGUGGGAAAUGCCAGUGCCGGUGAGCGGGCGCAAAGGGCGGUGAAGCUGGAACCCACCUGGGCAAGCGGGGCGAUUGCCCGGUCCAGCCCUAGCGCCCGUGGGCCCGGGGAGGGGGAAGGGCGGGAGACGCGGGAGCUAGCCACUAGAGACCCAGAUGUCCAAGGCCCUGAAGUCAUUUUACCUUCGUACCCUUCGCAACAUCGAGCAUGGCGUUGUCGGGCUAUCCAGGCAUGUUUCUUGAUCCGUGAUCCCUGUGCUGUCGCUGACUGCCCAACGUUAGAGGAGGCCUUCUCCCCAAGUGUUCGACCUAGGCAACAAUCGUCCCAGCCGACUGUGAACCAGCUGUACUCACGGCCGGACCUUAACAAUCUGAGGAGUUACCUGAACGGCAACGCCGUCGGCCGACCAGAAAGUCCUCCAGGCUGCGGUGAGGCGAACGCUGAGAUAUUUGCCGUGUCGCACACUAUCGCCACCGGGACCUCCACGUUGUUCGAGGCGUCGCUGGAUGGGCGACGUGAGUUUGAAGCGUCUGGCGCGCCAGAUACUCCGACAAUCCUAUUCCUACGAGGAUUUCCCUCCCCCGAGUGGCUCAACGUUAUCAGCAGGACCCAUCAAGCCAGUUCUGAGCUGUAUCAUCGGCAUCUGGACUGCUUGAUAGCCCAGAUUCGCCGUGAUUACUUUUCCAAGCCGCCCAUCCCAUCAUCAUCCGCCCGGGUCUUCCAACUUAUGAUCCCGACCAUCUGCUCUCGGCACACCGACGAUGCCAUUCACGCGAGCGACGCCCGUAUUGGCGAGCCCGAAGACAUUAUUGCCGAGCCGGAAAGCCUCCGAGAGGAACGUCAAUUGCAAGCGAGGAGUAUGCGCAACUAUAUAACAGAGCUGCCCAAAAAUGCGAAGGUCGCGGACUCUGUUGUGCGGAAGUACCACAUCCUCUCGAGGGAGUUCUCUGUUCUGGAGCAGAUGAUCUCGGUAGAUGUCAGCCCGCCUGGGAGCGACUGGCGCGCGAUUGUAUGGCUUGACACAGGGAGGGAUCUGGCGGACAGCUUCGAAGGGCCCUUUGGUCCCCGACCGGGCAGUCCAGCUUGGCAAACGUUCUUCUACCCGGUGAUUGUCCACCACGCCGACGGAAUGCACGAUGGCACGCCCUAUGGCGCCACACAAGGCCCAUCUGACGCGCCAAGCUCUAGUCGCGCAUGUCCAGAACCUUUGACCGACGAACAGAAAAGGUGGAAAGCGGCGCAGAACAUCUCCCGGCUGCCCUUUGAGUACGGAUCCCGCCUUAACCGGCGGUUUGCCUCCCACGAUGCGCUCUACGCGCUGAGCGAAAUCUUCCAAUUCGCCGCCACAGCGCAGUCCCAAUAUCUCAACUUUUUGGAGACGCGCAUCGAGCUCGAGCUCUCCACCGUCGGCACCGAGAGCGGCGUCAAAAAUCACUCUGUAUCGUUGGUGAACCUCCAAUACGUCAAAGCGCUUCUGACAUCCUUCGCCCAAAAUGUCGCCGAAACCGUCAAUCUCUUGCAGAACCGAGACUUUUUGCACUGGUCGCGCGCCGAGGAUACGACCGGAACCGACAGGGUGGCCAAUAUGCUGCGCGCGGACUUCCAGCACCUCCAGCAGCGGGCCAAAACCCUCCGCCGAGAGUGCGAUCAGGGUAUGGCAACGUUAGCCAACAGCUCUUCGUUGGACGAGACGCGGCGUUCCGCUCAGAUAGCCUUUUCAGUGAAGGGCCUGACGAUUAUCGGAACUAUCUUCAUUCCUUUGUCCUUUGUCUGCUCUGUCUGGGGCAUGAACGUCAAAGAACUAGGCUCGGGAAAUAGAUCUAUUUGGAUGUGGGUUGCAACCGCAUUGCCAGUAGCGUUUCUCACCUAUGUAGCUUAUUGGUUCAGGGAUGCCCAUUCAAGACAACGCGAGCGUGCGAGUGGCAGGAGGUCUCUGAGGCCUGGGAGGCAUACGCAGGAGGAUACUGUCGAGCCCUGA